CAUGUACAGCAAGGCACAAGGCUUGCCAGAGGACGGGGUCCCGGACGAGUUGCGGUACUACCCUACGAUGCUGAUCUAGAUCGAAUUAUGCGGCAAAAGGCAGCUACUCCAGUGCGAGAAGAACUGGAACCACAAGAGCUCGAAGCGGAGAUGAAAGACAUGGCUAAACCCAACGCAGUAGUCGGUGAAAGAACAAGCGUGGGCAUGGCAGAUGUCAACGCACAGCAUGUAUCGGCACUGCAAGCCACCGCGGCGCAAAAGCUAGGGGCAAGCGGAGAACACGCGGCGGAGUUUGUCUUAAGAACGGGGAACAAGCUCCUGGACCAGUUUCGUCCGCAAUACUUUGGCUUUGCCUUUCCGUAUAUUUUCAAGUACUGCACUGGCAUGCCCGAUCCAGCGGCGUGGAGCAACGUUGCCAGAUACCGACGGGAGAAAGACGCGCCACGGAUGGAGUUGCACGAGUGGGUGCGAGUGAUGGCAAGACGGUGCGAGUCCCAGAUCGGCAGGGAUUGGGUUUUCGGGUUUGCCGCAUGGAAUUUACAUUUUCGUUCAGCGUUGAAUCUGUGUCGCAGUCUAGCCGUCUUCGAAGGACCGGUCAUGGAGGACGAGACCGGCAAGAUGCGCAGAUUAACGCCAAAGGACAUUGAAGACGGUGCGCUACAGUUGCUGCGUUCGCUGCAAGGCUGUUAUAUCAGUAAAGGAGGCAAGCCCAAGCCGGUGAAUGGAGACGUAAGCAAACUGCCGUACGUGCGCGGCCUGGGGCCGGCUGCGCGGAAGUUGGCGCAGAGCAUGCGGCACACUGCGCAAAGCAUGCCAGGAACGCAAGAAGCCAGAAAGCGCAUGCGAUUCGAAAUCGAAGCUUUGCGAAUCAGGUACGGGACGCCGAUUUUUGUGACGUUUUCCCCUGACGAGGCGCACCAACUGCUGUACGUACGUCUAUCCCGAGCACGCUGGAGUGACCCCGUCCGAGCAGCGUCCAUGUGUCAAAACUGGGACGUGAGCGCAAGAGAUUACCCGCCGUUGGACGAGAAUUAUACGUGGCCGAUCCACAAGCUGCAAGAGUUGCGUGAAGCUUAUCUGUUAUACAGUGGUCAUGUCAUGCACGGCGUCUACGAAGGGCUGAGCCAGGGAGAAAUCAAGGAAGGAAUAAGGGCCGCAGAAGCGUCGUGGCCAGAGCACAAAGAGGAGCAAAUAAUGAUCGCAUGUCCUGCUUACCAGCGUCGCCGUGCCAGCGCGACGGAGGCGGACGAACGCGAGGAAGCGAUGGCAUGGGCCAGAGAGUACUUAGCGGAGAACGUGGCAACAUUACAGUUCCUAAAGCAGCACCAUUGCCAUCCGCUCAACGCAGAAACAGGAGAACGAGUGCCGUUGCACGGGUGCCAAAAGGCAGACAAGCCUGGAGCUUGCAAAAGCGAGUUUCCGCGAACAGCCUGGCUAUCCGACAAAGGUGAGGUGUUGUGUCCAUGCAAAGCGGAAGGCUUUGGUAUGUCUACGCAGGGGCGCAAAAACCGCCUCGGAGCGUUACACGGUCCGUACGGAAAUGAGUGGCUGAAUUGCUGUCAUCCGGCACUGUUGGCGGCUUUGCGUGGCGUGAAUGUGGACGUCCAACUGCCUUAUCGGUAA